AUGUUCUGGGAGUGAGUGAUUGACUUUAUCAGUCCAAGGACAUCAUCCGCGUGGAAAGGGGGGGAAGUUUGAGCCUGGUUCUCACGGAGCGCGCUCGACGGGAGUUUUCCUCCUAAGUCUCGCAGAGGAUUCUUCCCCGUUUUCGGGGGGCUCAUUUCGGGGCAUUGAUUUUGAUUCCCGGCCGGCGGUGCGGCAAAUCUCGGCGCAGCGGCUGCAGCGUGUGCGCUCCGCUAAACUGGAUUUUAAAUUUCUUUUCUCCUAAGUUUUUUUUUUUUUUUUUUUUUUUGCCCCCCUCCCACGCUCAUGACUAUGCUUCUCGAUAGCGGUCCGCAGUUCGCGUCGCUAGGAGUGGGCGGCUUCGGGGCACCAAGGCACCCCGACAUCGGCAACAGGGACGCGAGCCUGGGACUCAACCCGUUCAGCGAGUCCUCGCACUCGGCGGCGUUCAAAAUCAGCCCCGUGGGCCACGACAUCGCCUCCGGUCAGACGUCCGCCUUCACCCCGCAAGCCGGCGGCUAUGCGGCGGCUCUGGGACACGCGCACGGCGGUCAGGUGGGCUCGUACGGCGGGGGGGCGUUCAAUUCCACGCGGGACUUUCUCUUCCGGAACCGAAGCGUGGGGGACUCCGGCGCUCCGAGCGCGCAGCACGGGCUCUUCGCCGCCUCGGCCGGGAGCCUCCACGGGCCACCGGGUAUCGCGGAAAACCCGGGCCAUCUUCUCUUUCCCGGACUCCACGAGCAGAGCGUGAGCCACCCGUCGCCCGGCGGCCACGUCGUCAACAGCCAAAUGCACCUGGGUUUGCGCGGGGACCUUUUUGGGCGGGCAGACCCGUACCGGCCGGUGGCCAGUCCGCGCACGGACCCGUACGGUGCGGCGGCGGCGGCGGCACAGCUGCACAACUACAACCACCCCAUCAACAUGAACAUGGGCAUGAACGUGCCCAGCCACCACGGCCCGGGGGCCUUCUUCCGCUACAUGCGGCAGCCCAUCAAGCAAGAACUGUCGUGCAAGUGGAUAGACGAGCACCAGAUGAACAGACCCAAAAAGACGUGCGACAGGACGUUCAGCACCAUGCACGAAAUGGUCACGCACGUAUCCAUGGAGCACGUCGGAGGACCCGAGCAGAGCAACCACAUCUGCUUCUGGGAGGACUGCCCUCGGGAGGGAAAGUCCUUUAAGGCCAAGUACAAACUCGUCAACCACAUCCGGGUGCACACGGGCGAGAAGCCCUUCCCCUGCCCCUUCCCGGGCUGCGGGAAAAUAUUCGCCCGCUCGGAGAACUUAAAAAUCCACAAAAGAACGCACACGGGUGAGAAGCCGUUCAAGUGUGAAUUCGACGGCUGCGACAGACGCUUUGCCAACAGCAGCGACCGGAAGAAGCACAUGCACGUGCACACGUCGGACAAGCCGUACAUCUGCAAAGUGUGCGACAAGUCCUACACGCACCCUAGCUCUCUCAGGAAACACAUGAAGGUCCACGAGUCCCAAGGGUCCGAAUCGUCCCCGGCAGCAAGUUCUGGAUACGAGUCGUCCACACCCCCGGUUCUGGGCUCGGCCUCCAACGAGGACCCGACAAAAACACCCCCGUCAGCCGUGCAAAACACGUCUGGACACAGCGAAGGGCUGGCGCCUAACUUUAACGAAUGGUACGUUUGAGGACGAAAAGCAAAUGAAGCCCGACGUGGAGGGAGCGCGAGGAUAUGGAUUUUAAAACAACAACAACUGAGACUUUUUUCCUGACUCUCAAAACACACACACACGUUCAGUCUAACACACUCACACACAAAAUGGGACAAGCAAGAAAGCGUCCGAGCUCAGGAUUUACCCAAAUUGGACUUUUCAUUCCGCAGUUUGGAGGAAUUCAAAUGAAAAUAAAAGGAAAACAGCAGAACACACAUUAAGUCAUUGUGUUAUUUUUCCCUUUUGAGUUGAAAAAAAAAACCAUACAGGAGAAAAAAAUGAUUUAUUUUUCAUUUCAUGUAUUUUCUCAAAAUGUUAUUUAAAAAUAAAAAGAAUAAAAAGGGAGGGUUAUUUCACUGUUUUAUAUGAUUAAAGGGUGUUCUGUCACCCCUUCAAUUGAUUGUUGGAACUUCAGUCUUAAGAAAACGUGCCAAAGUCUUUUUUGUCAUGAACUUGAACAAAGUUUAAAAGAAUACAAAAAAAAAAAAAAAAACUGAAAUAAAUAUUAUACUCGUGAAUGUAUUUCCUUGUUUGAUGGGGUCGAAUCUGUUGUCAACGUCCGUUUUUCGGGUGGAGAAAAAAAAUGAAAUGUGGUAUUAGGUUACGAUUGUUGCCGUUGAAUAUAAUAAUAACGUUGCCUUUUGUUAAUAUGCCGUUGUAAAUACAUAUCCAUGAUGCCAUAUUUAUCAAUUUGUAAUUUAAUUAUGGGUAUAAGUUCUGAAACGUUAAAAAAUAUUUAUGGAAAUGUUUUUUUCUAACAACAAGUGUACAGUUUGGGCUCAGCUUCACUUAAAACAACAACAAAACAACAAGCUCCACCAUGGCGAUUGUAUCCUUUUGUCUUUUCCUUUUCUUUCCUUUUUUUUUUUUUUUUUUAAACCGGUAGGCCUACACGUGUCUUAUUGCAUCGAAUAAUAAAUAGUCUAUAUAUGGAUAUGAUGGAUUUGUCUAUAUAUGAUGCAAGCUAUUCCCCAUAUUUUCUUUAAGAGACCAUUGACAUGUACAUGUGUGACCUUGAAAGAGGUUUAAGAAGCUAUAAAACGGUUCUGUGGAUAUCUUUAUGUGAGAGGGCAAAAUUUUAACUUUGGUUUUGUAUAUUUUACUUUUUUAGAAUCAGACAUAUAGAUGUCAAAUCUGUAGCAUUAAAAAAAUAACUCAGCCUAUUGCACUCUUUGUUACGAAAAAGCGUGCUGAUUUCCAAAUCAAGGUGACAGAAAUUCAAAUUUGGGAGUCAUUCAAUCAAAUAAAUGCAACAUUUAUUUUAUUUUAUAUUUUAAAGGAAUAGUUCCAAUAAUGUCUUUGUGCAAGUAUGUUUUUAAAUGUGUGCAUCGGCAACAAUGGAACUGUCACAAGAAAAUAAAAAAAAAAGUUUUUUGUCUGUCAGCCUGCAUUGUUUUCGACGUAAUUGUGUGGCAAAUAAGCGUGUUCUCUGUUGUGGUGUUUGCAUUUAGAGCAGUUUGAUGAUGCUUGUUUUUUUAUGUGGGACUAACUUGUCAAGAUGAUUUUUUGUGUUGUAAAAAAAUAGUGAAAGGAAUUUUAGAUUUAUGUGGAACUUUUAUUUUGGAGGGGUUAAAAAAAAGAGUUACAGCAUUGCAUUGUAACCUAUUCUCAAGAAUUCAAUAUUAUGCAGACACAAAGUAUAUUGUGAGAACAAUAUCAGACCACCAGCACUAACUUUAAAAAUAAAAUGUACAAAAAAAAACGGUACCUCGUGACAGUGAGAUAAGGAAAAAACGUUUAUUUAAUUAAAUAAUUUAAGGAGUAUAUGUUUUAUAUGCUAUUUUAUAUACCUUAAUUUAAAGACAAACUACUUUUUCUUAUGCCCGCCCCUCAUCCGCAGAGCAAAAAUGUGAAAAUAUCGUCUGUAUAAAACAAAAAACAGCGAGAAUGUGAUGUUGUAACACUUUCUGGGAGAUAUGGGUCAUAUUUCGAGGAGGAGGAGAAAAAAAAUAUUUUGUGUCACUGUGCCACACUGAGGCAAAUGUUAGGCCCACGUUCAUGCCUUAGCCUGUAAAAGACCACCAGGCAAAAUUGGGCUUACUGUGUAUUUUUGCUUUCUUUUCACACAGCAAAUGUGAUUUUUUUUUUUGACUGGAAUUAAAAACAAAACAUUCAGCAAAA